AUGGCUGGAAAACGCAAGACGAAGAAGGCUGCUACCCCAGGAGCAACUGCAACAGCGGCUGCUGCGCCAACUGAUACGGACGCCGCGCGGGGGUCGGGUGUCCCUGACGCUGCAGAACCCGUUCUGCUGCAGGAAGAAGGCAGUUCACUCGGGGAAUCGCUUUAUAAGGCGCUUGUGGAAGGAGCAUCAGCCGAUCAUGUGGUGAAGGAUCUUGUCCGCAUUUACUCUGAUGGCGGCAAAGAGACAGUGUGCUGUGCUAUUCUGAAUCUUGUGGGGAAAGCCUCAGGUGCGGCUCAGGUAGAAUUGGACGGAAAUGCACUUAAAGACGAUGCGGACGUCACGACACUUCUGGAGGAGAUGUACGCGCGGACCCAACAGAAUGCCUCAGCGUAUCCAUUUGUGCGAAAGGAAACCAAAUAUCGUGUUUUUCGUACUGCAUAUCGUCGUUUUUUUGCUCGUCUUGUGGAGUUUUGUUAUAAUGCGAAUAUUCUUCUUGAUGGUUUGCUUCUCUCGACGCUUCUGCGGUGGCUUAUUGCCAUGAGUGAGAGCAAAGCGCGGUGUUUCCGUCACACAUCCAUUGUUGCCCUUCUUGCCCUUGUUGGGGCUCUUAACGGCCUGAUUCGGGACCUCAAUCAUCGACUGCCGUCACGAGGGCGGGGCAAAAAGCAGCAAUUGAGUGCCCUACAAGAAAGCAUUCAGACCAUGGUGGAGUUACGUAAUCAUGUGAUCUCUCAAGCCAUACAUCAACGUCCUCGCGAUGUUGCACCUGAAAUCCGACUUUUGGUGUUUGAGCAAUUGGAGAAGUGGAUUCUUAACUAUGAUGAGGAGUUCGCAGAGAACAAGUACUUUCGAUAUUUUGGUAUGGCUCUGUACGAUAAAAGACCCGAGAUUCGUGCGGAAGCCCUAACAAUGAUUCAGAAGUGUCUUGUGGCGACUCCAGAGAGUGGGAACCGUAUGUUUUUGUUUUUACAGUUUUUUGCAGGUCGGCUUGUGGAGAUGUGUGGUGAUGUCAACAUGCGAUGUGCGGAAUUGGCAAUUCGCGUCAUGGUUCUUAUUCUUCGUGUGUACGGCGAGGAGGCGGAGGGGAAAGAAAUACUUGACAAUGAGAUGAUUGAUCGUGUGCUACUGACACUUUUUGAUGAGCGCCCAAGCAUACGUCAUGAGGCUGGGGUACUUCUUAGAGCCUUCAUAGACUCUCGUGUACCCAAAGAUGCCUCAAACGGUGUUGCGUACCAGAAAGCUGCGAUGGAGUUGUUAUGCGCCUUUUCAGCAACUCUUCGAUCGCAGUACGGUGAGGUCAUGCCAGAACGUUACCUUAUUGACGCCCUUUACAAUCCUCUUCAAGAGCUGCCUCCUUUCUUGGAGAACUACGGCUCAAUGUUGGAUUUUGUUUUGUCAGAUGAUGCUUUGGAGGUGGUGGUGGGAUUGGGCUUUGUAGCCGCGUUACUUGAAAAGUUGCGCUGUAAGUUGUACCUCGGACCCCUUCCAAAGGAGGACCGCCGUCAGGGCAUCGUUAAAAAACUUCCACCGAACAAGCAAGAGGUCAUUGACGCACUUGUUACGUCCCUAAGUCGCGAUGUGGGUGUUUUAUUGGAUGGAGUUCUUGAAAAACAUCGCGGUGAUGUGGCAAUUUUGUCUGGUGUUUCUGCGGUGAUUGCAGCGAUGGAGUUCAAGGCGUUUACUUCUUUGGAGCAGGUGGCACGGAUCAAUGCACUCAUGACACUGAUGCGCAAAGCCACUGCCGCACUGCCGCGCUGUGAGGAGGCACAUCUUAACCAGAUAACGUGUGCAUGGCUUGGCUUUGUUGUUGAGGAUCAUCCUCUGAAGAGUGCGGCGAAGGGCCAGAUACAGGAACUGUUGAAGCAGGUCUUGAAGCAACUCUCUGCAUUGCAGAAGGGGAAAAAGAGGUCCGAGAGUCAAUUGGAGGAAAAGGAACUGUUUCAUGUGUGGGGCCGAAUGAGUAUUCUAUCCUCCAUUGUUUCGCUGGUGGAUCAAUGGGAUUUAUUGAAGGCAUCUAUUCUGAGGUACACCAACUCGAGCACCUCACCAGAGCUGCUGCGGUUGAUUUUAUCCACCUGCAUGCGGUGUGUUUUGUGGCAGUUAAAGGUGGAACAGGAAGCGGCGGAUUCUUUGGAGGCCGCUACGACAGCCAGCCAAAUGAUUGGAGAAUUGGUAACGUGCAUCUUCAAAGUAUGGGAAAUGGACUCGCAGAGACAAACUGAAAACUUUACCUUGCUUCCCGUGGAUGGUAUGGUUUAUCUCUGCGAUCUCUGUGCGUUGCGAUGCUACACGAUGUCUCAGAUGGAGCAGGACGUAUUUCUGGGAAAAUUCAGUGAGUUGUCAAGUGUUUUGAGCAAAGAAAUGCAUGAAGCGAAGGAGAAACUCAAAAACGCCGGGGAGCUUUUUCGCGAGGGAGGCGCGCUCAGUGAAGUCGCACGGUCACGUCGAGAAGUAUCACGUCUUGAGGCGUCCCAGUUGCGUGUGGCAACGGGUGUCGCGCGUCUGUUGAUGCUCAAUCGCCUUUCGGAGGAUGUGGCUCCUCGUGUAUUUCUGCAGUGGCUACAUGCCCCCACCAAGUCUGUUUCCGACGUCUUUAGAUUUUUGUUUCGUUCCCUGCGUGAUCGCUGCAAUGACAGUUUUACACUUGAGAAGUCUAUUCUUAUUGCGGCGUACCACCACUCUUCGGAUGCGCUUUACCAGAUGGGAAUGAAACUCUCAUCCAUGCACUGGCCUCUUCCCGAUAAGUACUACGCGGCAUGUGUCAACAUGGUCCGUUUUGGCAUAGAGUUUGCCACAACCACGGACCCGGCGAUGCUACAGGCCGUUGUUGCCUAUUGCCCGAAACUCCUCAAGAUGGAUGCACUGAGUUUGGCGCAUGCGCUGGCAGCAAAUGAGACCCUGGCGAAGAGCACCGAUCAAAACGCACAGCUCUUCAUUUCGGCCAUCCGUCGGGCCGCGCGGUUGGAGGAGGCCGAGGGCGCUACGACUCCCGUGCGGCGUGCCAAGCGGGUGCGGGAAGAAGAGAUGUCGGAAAUUAUGGAGGCCAGCGGGGAGCACACACUCCAACCGCGUAAGUCACAGCGAGAAGCAACGGAAGAAGGAAAAGAAGAAGAGAAUAUGUUUACAUCGCCAAGUAAAGUCAAUUCAAGGUCCCGAUCCGGCCGCCGCACUGCGGGGAAGGCACCGGUGGCGUCCCGUCGCGUGCUCACUGAGGACGGGUGGCGUGUACGUCCUGAUAAGGAGGAGGUGGUGCCGAGUAUGGCAUCGUCAAUCUCCGAGUCGAUGGAGGCGACGCGUGCUCGACCAACAAGAGGCUUAGAGCGGUCGCAUGCAAAGGCGGCGGCGGCGACAGAAGCAGCUCCGCCCACAGCGACCCAGGAAACAGUUCUCUCUUCGUUGGCGGCCGACUUCGAUAAUGAUGAGGUUUUUAUCGCCACGCAGGAGUACGAUUAG